AUGGAAAGAAAGUCCCUUAAAUUACAUUUUCGAUACCUCUAUUUUUGUUUGUGUGUCGAUCAUCGUUUGGGUUUAUAUAACUUCCGAUCCUUCCCACCGCGUCCUUAUCCAAUAUCUUCCAUUGAGAGAAGGAUAGAGAUGCAGCAACGAUACCGCCGGCAUUUCUAUCUCAUGCCAUUGCCGAUAUAUGUUCCAACAAAUCCUCAAGGAGCAGAACAGUUGCCUCCAGCUAUUGUUGUUACAGAGACUGAUUAUUAUUUGAGAAAAUUAUGGGGUGCACCCUUAGAGGGUUUAAAGAAGAAGCUAAGAUGCAGGGCAUCAAGAGAGAAUCGAAGAGGGUUUAGUGAGUAUGUUCUGGGUGUUCUGGUGUCGACUUUUCAUUAUUACACGAACCCAUCAGUAAUCGAUCAGCAAACAUUUGCAGAAUACACAGCAAGAACAGCAUUCGAGCGACCUUUGUUGAGUGGAGUUGCAUAUGCACAAAGGGUAAUGAAUUACGAGAGAGAAGACCUCUAG